AGUUCCGUCCGCGGGUCUCGUGCACGUGGGGCACGCGGCAGUUGCACGCGGCAGGUGCACGCGGCAGGUGCACGCACUCAUCAGCCUCAUCACGCACACCUGUUCCCGCCUCAGUGAGGUCAGGCUGUUUAUGACACGACCCCCUCGGACCGGUGCAGGAUGCAGAAGGGACUGAAGAAGUACUUCGUAAACAUGGACGAGUACCUGUGCAGCCUCGGCCUGUACCGCAAGAUGGUGGCACGAGACGCGUCCAGCCUGUUCCGCUCCGUGUCUGAGCAGCUUUAUUACUCUCAGAACUACCACCAGAAGAUCCGCCAGUCCUGUGCCAACCACAUGAGGGCGCACCACACCUGCUUCGAACCGUUUGUGGAAGGCUCGUUUGAGAAGUACCUGCAGCGUCUGGAGGACCCAAAGGAGACGGUGGGACAAGUGGAGAUCAAGGCUCUGUCCCAACUCUACAGACGCUGUUUCCUGAUCUAUCGUUACCCGGGGAAACCUCCCACCGUCAUCGCUGAUGAAGACUACAGCGAGAAGGUGACCUUGUGCUGUUCAAUAAAUGGACACUACGACAUUGUUUACCCGAGGAGCUACCCUCAGUCUGCAGCGCUCUGCCAGUCUCUCGUCUUUGAGGUCCUCUACGUCGGGGUCUUGGGUCUGGACCAGGGCGACUUGGUUCAGGCUCUGGACCAGUUCAGAGUUGGAGGCCGAAGGUUCCGGAACAGUCUGUCUGUGUGCAGCGAGGACUACGACAGGGAGGAGGCGGAACCAGGUGUAACCUCUGAGGAGAAGCCCCGCCCACCCACUGAGGAGGCCCCGCCCCCUUCCCGCCUCUCGUUGCCCUAUAAGGUUUUGAAGUCCUUAGAUGGAGACGUGUACAGGAACCUGGAGUUUGAUGUGUGGCAAGACUCCUGCAAAGAGCUGCAGAAGACAGAUUACAUGGUGUUUGCUGGACGUCAGUAUUUCCUCGGAGACAAAUGUCAGGUUCGUUUGGAGCCCAAAGGGAAAUUCUUUAACGCGUUCAUUCAGGAGGUGGGCACUCACAGCUCAGCCGUCACUGUCUUCAUCGAGGAGCUGGGGGAAAAGCACCUCGUUCCUUUGACCGACUUGAAGCCUGUGAACCCCGUCCCAGCCUGGAACGUGGCUCCAAGUCGCAAAGAGCUGGACCCGGACUCUCGUGGUCACAGACAUAGACAGAGGUUCUUCAGGAAAGUCCGGGGUAAAGGCUCAGACCUGGUUCUAGCGCCCCCUGCCUUCACUGGUCAGAACCAGGUCCUGCCACCCCGCUUCCAGCCCACUCCCCGCCCCCCACCGCCUCCCUCGCCGACCACCAUGACCUAUGACCCCUAUGCCCCACCCCCUCCGCCGCACCACCACCCGAGAGGCCAAAGGUACACCCCCCCCAGCUCUGCCCGCUUCCUCAACCGCCACCUGAUUGGUCCACAGCUGACCUAUUACCACCCAGGACGCCGCUACUACCACGACUACGACAGCUACGCCUUUCGCUCACGUCGUGCUCGGCGUCAGGGUUCUAAAGACGGUUCCUUUGGGUUUUCCUUGGACACGGUGGAUGACUCAGAGCUGUAUUUUCCUUUGGAGCAGAUACCACCUCAGGCCCCGCCCCCUGCUCAUGGCUCCACCUACAGACCUUCGCAGGCUCCGCCCAUCUCCCAGACUCCACCACCCAUCUCCAGCGCUGUUUCCUCUGAUGAUGAUGGAGAGAACACCAACGCACAGGAGUUCUCAGAGGACUUCAUCUACUCCUCACAAGAUGCAACUUUCCAGACGGCGCCGGUGGCGGUGGAAGUGGGUUAUAAUGAGCCUGGCUCCACUCAGGACGAGCAGGACGUGGGAGCUGAGGAUUCUCCUCAAAGACCAGACCUUAACUACAACUUCACCCAACAGGUGAAGCCGAUGUUGGGUUCUACUCCUUCCUCCUCCUCGUCUUCCUCCUGCUCAUCCCCUACGACGACUCACCCUCCUCCCAGACCAGUGCCGGUGCCAGUACCCUCUGCUGCCCCCUGGAUGGUGAAUGAGCUGGGUGAGCCGGUCUGUGCCAUUGUGGCUCCGCCCCCUUACUCCUACGACCCGAGCGGUGCCGACCUACCGCGAGACUGCAGAGUCCUCCAGUACUACUACAACCUCGGAGUCCAGUGGUACCAUCAGAGCCUGUGGCAGCAGCAGCAGACUUACUCUGCUCCAGAGCAAACGUACUACCACCAGAACUACAGCUCCCCCUACCUGCCCCCAGCGGAAGUACCACACGUGGCCCCACAGCUGUACCCCGAGACCCGGGCCGCCCACCCGCCGCCCACCCCCUACCAGGACUGCAACCGGACUGAGGGCCCCGAAGACCACCACACAGCUCCUGGCUCCUCCCUGGACCCCCCUAGCCCCGCCCCUGUGUACCCUGAUCCCCCCACUCCUGUGUUACACCUGACGUACGAGCCUCCGCCCACUCACCUGCACCACUCCGCCUUCUACGGCUGCCAUUGGCCGCCGCAGCCGGCCCCACCCCCUCGCGUCUACUGCCCCGCUUCUGGCCCCUCCCACCUGGUCAGCUACAUCCCGCCGCCGCACUACGCCCCAGGAAUCUGACCCCCGUGACCCCUGCAACCCCCUGACCUCUGAACUCUGACCUGGUUCAUUGUUUCGUAAUGUCAGUUUUGGGAAGUUUUGUGUUUCUUGGACAGUUUAUUCUGGCUCAGACUGGGUCAGUCUGGAUCAGUCUGGUUUAGUCCGGGUCGGUCUGGUUUAGUCUGGGUCAGUCUGGUUUAGUCUGGGUCAGUCUGGUUUAGUCCGGGUCGGUCUGGUUUAGUCUGGGUCGGUCUGGUUUAGUCCGGGUCGGUCUGGUUUAGUUUGGGUCGGUCUGGUUUAGUCUGGGUCAGUCUCUGACUCUGAGUUCCUUACAUUCGUACAUUUGGGUUUUGAGUUUUUCAUGGUGAGGUUGUUGUUUAUUUUGUUGAGGUUGUUGUUUAUUUUGUUGAGGUUGUUGUUUAUUUUGUUGAGGUUGUUGUUUAUUUUAGAGCGUGUUUGUUUCUGUGCCUCUGAGCCAGACACUUCUGACUGAAAAUGUUCUUAUAAAUCCACAGUGUGGACUCUUUGUGUUCAGAAUAAAACAUUUGAACCACUGC